GGGUCGACGUAGCCGUCGACGUCCCACCUCCGCUUUCAGUUUCAUUUCUAUAUCAAGGGCUUGAUUUCGAGCUACCAGCCAAAUACUCGAGUAGUGAACAAUCCCCUUUUCCAGUCACUUGACGUGGACCAGUCUGUACCGUAGCUCGAUAAAGGGCAGCGACCUCUCACAGAAACAUUGAAGGACACACACACAGAACAAAGGCAAAACGCAAUGAUUGAAACUCUGGAGAUCAAACUGAAUGUUGUUCAAGGAGACCAAUUAGUGGCAAAAGACAGAAAUUUGAUGGGAGCAUGGACGACUAGCGAUCCGUAUGUCAUUGUGUCAAUUUACCCUCGUGGUUUGGAAGAUGCCGAAGGCGCUCCCGACUGUAUCAAGUUGGGCAAGUCCGAGACGAUUCGAUACUGUCUCUCUCCAAAGUGGGAGUUUGAAACCAGCGUCGAACUGCCAUUGGAAGAUGUCAGUGACGACUGUCAAUUUGAAGUCAAGAUUGUGGACUGGGAUGAAGAUGCCUUUGACGAAGAAGCCGUCGACAAUCUCAUGGGCAUUGUGCCAGUCAAUGUGACACCCACCAUGUAUCGCAAUUCGCCUCGUAACACUCGGACACGAUGGUACGGAGUGCCGGCCAGCAGUGCGGAUCGAGCUUCGGGUCGAAUUCAAUGUACCAUUGACGUGACCAAGCGACGGAAACCACGCUCUGAAAUUCCCCCGCCUGUUUAUCGAAAACCCAGUGGAGUCCCAAUCACCAAUCAAGCAACCUAUACACCCACAGAGGCAGAAAUUGCCUUUAACAAUCAGUUGCGAGAAGCUGAAACUCAGGGAGGAGGCUCCGUCAUGACCGACAUGAAAGUGAGUAUGCUGUCUUUGAGAGGCAGUGUGCAGGGAGCCUCGGAAAAUGUCAAACAAUCCACACUCGGAAAACUCGCCACGGGAGCGGCUGAAACCGUAACUGCCACCGCCACGGGAAGCAUCAAUGUCAUGGGACAGGUUGCCAUGGGCAGUGUCAAUGGCGUCAAGCAAGUGGCGGUGGGAUCCACCAAUAUGGCGAUUGGAGGAGUGACGGGGGUGGCUCAAGUGGCAUCGUAUGGCGCGGUACAAGUGGCUACCGGAAGUAUGAAUGCGGCAGCUCAGGUGGCCACGGGAAGUAUGAACGUGGCAGCACAAGGAUUAAAAGCGACAGCGGGGGUCGUGACGGCUCCUUUGAAUAUAUUUACUGCCUCCAAACGAAGCAGUGAUGCCAACAACAAUCUACAACGGAAAAGUGGCGGCGCUGGUGGAAUGAUGAGAUCAUUGUCGAGUCGCAACCUGUUCUCGUCCAUGACUUUUACCGCCAAGGCGUCCGGGCCAGAAGAGAAUGGCAGGGAACUCAAGCGAUCCUCGUCGUCUUCUUCUCUAUUUUCGUCCAUGUCCUCUUCGAUCUCGGGCAGAAGCGAACGGAGGACCGCCCUUGGUGAUACUCGAAGUGCUACUGCAUCGCGUAAUAAGAGCUCCACCAAGGCGGCUGAAACGAAACCACAACAAAACAAGCCCGAAGCGCCCAGAGACAAGCCACCCAAACAACCUGUUGCUCCAUCGGCCAAGGAGGAGAAAGAAAAGCUCAAACCACCCAAACAACCUGUUGAUCCAUCAUCGGCCAAGGAGGAGAAAGAAAAGCUCAAAUUAGACAUGGAUGCGGUCGGCGACGCAGCAGCCAAGUCAGAUCGACCCAAACCGGUACGGCAACGCUCUGCCCCACGAAUACGAAAAAGCAAUGGUACCAAAAAGGCGAAGCCAAUGGAGGGAGGAGAGUGGCCGGAUGAUAUCAACAACAACAAUAACAAUAGUGAGGAGGCUUCACCGAGCGACUCGGAAAAGAGCAAACGAAAGAGUGAAACCAAAAAGAACAAACAAAAGAGUGAAACCAAAAAAGGCAAGAUCAAAACGAGCCGAUCCUCUGACUCGGAGCAACGAAAGAGCGAUAAGAAAAAGAAGGAUAAGAAAAAGACAAUCAGAAAGAGCAAAAGCGAGGUGGCCAAUCUCUCAUCGAGCAGCAGCCUUGGCGGCAUGCAGGACUCUGCCUCUAGUCUUUCUUCUCGAUCCUCUGUAAAGAGUCGAUCGUCCAAGGUAAAAAAGAGCAGCUCCAGCAAUAUCAACAAAAAGAAAAAUGAGAACUCUCUGCUGGGUCCGUUCGAGCGUCAGGACACCGAUGAUUCCAUUUUGAAACCGGCUGUACCGGAAAUCGGGGACGCAAAACUUGGUUACCAAAUUGGCAAGCCCCUUUCCACAGAACACAACAAUCAAGAAGGUCGCAGGAGCUCAAUGGAGUUGAACAAGCCGGAACGUAGCGCUUCGAUGGGACACACGAUGAAGCGUUUCUCCAUGGAACAUGCCCGGCAGGAAGGGCGGAAAGACCACGGCCAGCCGGGGCGAAGCGCUUCCGUUGGACACAACCAGAAACCACCGGGCAUGGAUAACAUUAAUAUGGACAGCAGCACCGCCGAAACGAUCAACCCGCGUGAAGUUGCAGCUAUGAGACGUUCCAUCGUGGAGAAAGACACGCAACUUCUAAUUUUGCAGCGAGAGCUUGAUGAGCUGCGUCGAUCUGCGCAGAAGCGAGGCUCUAUGGGCCACGAAAGUGCUUACAGUGCGUCCAUGAGCUAUUCUAGCGAUAGAUAUGGAUCAGUUGGAUCGAUGCAGUCUCUGGAGGACGCCAGCAGUCGUCGUGGAUCUACGAGUUUCUCCGGUGCCGAGACAAGCGAGAAUUCGUUGACUGAAGCCCAAACCCCUUUCCAACAAUCUGCAAACCACACAGCAAUCGCUGCUCCGCCCAAGCAGGAGGACGAGGCUGGAUUUUACGUCGACGCUGAAGGCACAACGUACUAUUUGGAUGCCAACGGUAUUGAAUAUUAUCAGGACCCGAAAGAUGGGGGUUGGUAUGCAGAUUUCGUUCCCAAUGGACAACAAACAAACGAAAAUACUACCGGUUGGUACGUCGAUGUUGAUGGUGGCAAUUAUUACGUUGACCAAUUUGGCAUUGAAUAUUUUCCAAACCCAAAAGAUGGAGAAUACUAUGACGUCCGUGGGCGACGGCUCUACCUUGGAGACGCUCCCAAAGAGAAACCUUUGGGCAACGACAUGGUCACGGCCAGGCUUGGAGCUUGAGACGAACACGCUUUGGCAAGCUAGCAGAUUGCCUUGGAAGCAGCAGCAGUAGGCAUCAAUGGGAGGACCUCUUUCUACAGAAACUUCCAAAGAACUUCAAUAUAUCAGAGUUUUUCCCGAAAGUGGCAGCCAUCCUCAGGCAUUUUUGCAACUGGGGUCUCAAGAUGAAAUCAGCAGCACGAGGAGCUAUCCCGGACACCCGACAGGCCACUUUGGUGAGCCGCAAAUCCCGCAUUUCAUAGGAGAACUGUUACGAUUGUUGAAGUAAGCGGAUCAUCUGCAGUGUCUUCGGCCCACUCCGUAUACAGAACAAUCACGUUUGUGAUUCAGGUAGUUUUUCUUCCAAUCAUUCCCGGACACGAGUUUACCAGACGCCACAACAAUUUCUCCAGUGCUUGGAACGUGGAUGUCCGGUUGAUAGAUGGGCACUCCGUCUCGACAAUGUCAAAUAGAAUACACUAGCUAGUCCACACAGAAAAACUGUGUCAGAGAAAAGAUCCAUCCAACGUUUGAGCACUUUAAACAAACAUACAGUACAUGAUACAGACAACACAAAGAUAGAUGAACGAAUGAAUUGUGCGGCUCCAGUCACUUCUCUAGCCACAUCAUCGUCACUGGAAACCUUAUUCAAGAGCCACUUUUCGGAAGGUAGCAUUACAUAUUCUUGUUGGCAAUACCAAGGCCGCUCGGACAGGGUAGCAUUUGGGGUGAGCAGCCAUUGGUUUCAUUCCAAACUCCCGUGGAGAAGAAUGGAACGAUGGGACGUGUGACACAGACUGGAUAGUAGAGGAAACCGCAAGGGAAUCAUCCAGUUGCUGCUGCUUGCAUAGAAGCCGGUGCGCCCAUUGCCGUAACUGAAAUUGACAAACACAAAAAACCACAUCCAAACAAAACGAAAAAGGCAUUGCGGCCUUGCGUACCUGCCAAUCUAGCUGGCCUGGGUAGAUUGCUUCCUCUUUCCUCUUGCAAAUAAACUGCAGGUUGUGAUCUUUUUUGUUGUUGUUAUUGUGGACGAACAAUUCAUGGUUUCGGAAUAGACGGUCAUGGAUUGGUACCAGUAGUUUGUUGAUUCACCGCAAUUAAUGGUCGUUGUCAAGGAUUCGCUCCCGAGAUUGAUCGGGCUCGACUGCUGGUCUUGAAACAUUAUCGUAGAGCGCCUCUCCACUCCCAAAGCAAGGAGACAAUGAUUCGAGAUAGGAGAGGAAGUAUCCCAGCGCCAAGGCACAGAAAUGAGCCGCUGUCGUGAUCACAGGUGAUACGAUUCCAUAGUAGAUGAUCGCCGUGGCAGUCAGUCCUUUGGGAAUCCACGACCAUACCCAAUGGCUCCUUGUGGAUGUCGUCUGUUGUCGUUGUUCUUCUCUCCAAGCCCACGACAUCAUGGCGCACCAGACAAUGGAAAUUCCCGCACAUCCCAACUGGAGGCACAAUCCAAUUUGAAAUGCCACCACGAAUACCAACGAUGUCACAUGACAGCCAAUCUUGGCCGAACGCUGCUGUUGCGAAACGACCCAACAGCAGAACAUGGUGUUGAUUGCAAGAACCGUGUAGUUGAUCCAAACGUCCGUCUCGGAUCCUGCAUAAGACAGGAUGCAACCAACUCUGUCCGAGACGCUCCCGUCCAAGGGACACUCGUCCAUGGCCUCAUUGUCGUACUCUUCCGAGGAGGACGCCAUGUUGACUCCUUCGAUCUCGACCUUUGCAACAACAGCAGUAGCCUGUUGCGUUUGUGUCGUUGCGUUGGUCCUUGAAUGCUUUCGUGAGAAAGUGUGCGACGUUCGGUUCAUUUUCGCGUCCUCCGACGUUCGUCUCAUCACAAGAUACUGUUGCUUCCAAUGACCGCAGUGCGCCGUGG